CAUGAUUUGGUGACUAAACCACCACCAUCACCAUCUUUAUGUAUAAUGGUGAUUCUUAAUGACUCAACCAUUUAGGGGUGAUGGAAGCCUUCCUAAUAAUCUGCAGAACACUAGAAAUAUAGUUUUUCAUUUUUAAAAUAUAAGACUUAUAAAACAUUAUUCCAGAGGUUUUCAUUUUUUCCUCCAAUAGAGAGUUACUUCCUGAGAGGGUUAAACUAGGAGUUACUUAAAGUGACUAAAAUGUAUUAUUUGUAAGGUAAAAAUUAGUGUUACUAAAAAUUAAAAUAGUUUAAAAAUUAAUUUAAAAUUUCAUUUAAAAUACUUAAAAUUUCAAGUACUUCAGAGUCAGUAUUCUCCUAGAGUCUGCAGCAAUAUGGCAAAACUCAUCCUACUCCAGAUGUAAUGAGAUGGUUAGAUUUCCUGCAAUUUUUGUGGAGAGUGUUUUAAUAGGGUGUCAUUAGUGUUGUGAAUUGGUUACAGUUUUCCAUUGCAACUUUCUUAUAUUUGUUAAUUUAUUUGUCAAAUUAUUCUUUGAUUUUUAAAAAUUGCUUUCUUAUGUUAUUACUGAACCGUUCAUAUUUGAUUGCAAUUUUGUUUCUUUAUAAUUUUUUUCUGAGCUUUUUUUUUUUUUUGUACUUCCCUUGGAAAAGUGUGAGCUGGGUUUGGAAGUUCUUUCAUCCUAUAGUAGCAGGAUUCUAUAAUAUGUGAGACUUGUUACUGUAAGAAGUUAGCCAGAUUACUCAAUUGAUUUAGAAUACUUUAACUUCCUAAUGUUAUAUGUUCAAAACCACACUGGAAUGUAUUCAGCUUUUAUUCCAUUUCUCCUUUUGUUCUUUUACCUGUUUUAGAAUCAUCUGGACAGAAGUUUCCCUUGGUAUCAGAGUCACAAGUGUCUCAUUUAUAACCAUGGGGAAAGAUACAAUAAAGUAUCCUAUAGAUAUUCAGAGAUAGUAUUACUGUUGAUAAUGUUCCAGAAUCAUAAUUUCUCCUUUAAUUAAAAAAAAAAAGCUGCAAUACAUUCUAUACUGCUUGUUGAAUACAUGUAAAAAAUGUUAACAGCACAUGGCCCAUUUCUCCUAAUAGAUGAUGCUUAGUCUGAAAAUUGGCAUUAAAAUAAUAUUGUGGUAGUUUGUUCCAACAAGAUGGAAAGUUCUAAUAGGUAGAAAUCUUUCUGUUGAACUUACUAUGAUAAACUCUGAUUAUUUUUAAAAACUAAUAAAUUUUGAAUUAAUGAAUGCACAGAGGUCAAAAUGGAUAAGAUCCUGCUGUGGAGUCUCCUAUUGACUUUUUCUGGAAGUCAAGCCUCAAGCCCCUUGGCUCAAAGAAAUACUGAAUUUGUAGUGGAUCUUUAUCAAGCUGUUGGUUUAUCUCAUAAGAACAACAUCAUAAUUUCACCUCUUGGAACAACUUUGGCCCUUGGAAUGAUACAACUGGGAGCAAAAGGAAAAGCACAACAGCAGAUAAGACAAACUUUAAAAUUUCAGGAAACCUCAACUGGAGAAGAAUUUUCUGAGCUGAAGUCAUUUUUCUCUGCCAUCUCAGAGAAAAAACAAGAAUUUACAUUUAAUCUUGCCAAUGCCCUCUACCUUCAAGAAGGAUUCACUGUGAAAGAACAGUAUCUCCAUGGCAACAAGGAAUUUUUUCAGAGUGCCAUAAAACUGGUGGAUUUUCAGAAUGCAAAGGCUUGUGCAGAGACAAUAAGUACCUGGGUAGAAAGCAAAACAGAUGGAAAAAUUAAAGACAUGUUUUCAGGGGAAGAAUUUGGUCCUCUGACUCGGCUUGUUCUGGUGAAUGCUAUUUAUUUCAAAGGGGAUUGGAAACAGAAAUUCAACAAAGAAGACACACAACUGAUGAAUUUCACUCUGAAAGAUGGCACAGCAGUCAAAAUUCCAAUGAUGAAGGCUCUUCUGAGAACGAAAUACGGUUAUUUUUCUGAAUCCUCCAUAAACUACCAGGUUUUGGAAUUACCUUAUAAAGGUGAUGAGUUUAGUUUAAUUAUCAUACUUCCUGCCGAACACAUGAACAUAGAGGAAAUGGAAAAGCUAAUUACUGCUCAUCAAAUCCUGCAAUGGUUCUCUGAGAUGCAAGAACAGGAAGUGGAAAUAAGCCUUCCUAGAUUUAAAGUAGAACAAAAAUUAGACUUCAAAGAAGCUUUGUAUUCAUUGAAUAUAACUGAGAUAUUUAGUGGUGGCUGUGACCUUUCUGGAAUAACAGAUUCUUCUGAGGUGUAUGUUUCCCGAGUCAUGCAACAAGUUUUCUUUGAGAUAAAUGAAGAAGGCAGUGAAGUUGCAACAUCAACUGGCAUAAACACACCUGUGAUCAUGAAUCUGUCACGGAAUCAAUUUAUAGCAAAUCAUCCAUUUCUGUUUAUUAUGAAGAAUAACCCAACAGAUUCAAUUUUGCUUAUGGGAAGGGUGACAAAUCCUGACACCCAUGGGAUGAAGGGAAGAGAUUUAGAUUCACUGUGAAUGGAAAGUGCAGCCUCGGAAUAGAAGGUUAUUCCUGGAAAAUAGUUGACUGGCAAAAUAUCAUCAAAUAUUUUCUAUAUAUCUUUUUCUAUCUUAAACAGUGGCUGUAUUAAUCUGUAUCCAUGAAUAAAUGAAAUUAUGCAU